GCUGAGGAGGCGUAGCUAGCCUCGGCUAGUACUUGUUACAGCUCGGAGAUGCCAGAGAAGAAUGAUGUAAUCCAGAAUGUGUCUUCUAGAUGAGUGACCUUGAACUCUGUGGAUGCUGUCGCCAAGGAGCAGAGUAGAUUACACUCUGCAUUAACAGAGAGCAAAGUAAGAACUUCUCCUGACUUCAUCUGGUAUUGCAUAAGCCCGUUUGCUUGGAAACAAGUUAUGCUUUGAGCAUAUAGCAGAGAUGCCUGUUUGGAGGUAUCCACACAGACUGAAACCCGGCAACACCAACUGAAACGUCAAACAGCUGCAUUUGCUGCUUAAAUGACGUGCUCCUGAGUGUCUUUAAAGUCCCACUCCUCCCUCAUCUCUCCAGAACAUUAAACUUGUGCGUGAGCUGGGGUGGAAAGUGAAUUAUGGUGAUGAAAAAUGGUGCUUGAAUGCAGCAUCCUAAUGCAGGGUGUGCCUAAAGGGGGGAGGCUCUCUCAGAAAAGUGUAUCAGCUGACUGAUGGUCUGCUGCCAAUAAUGGAUGCUAAGCUAAAAGAGGACCUAUUUCGGAGAUAUGUGACUGCACUGGAGAGGCGACUCGAGGGGGCUGAGUACACAUGCACUGGAAGCACACAAGAUGGAGACAAAAGUAGACACAAGGACGGCAAAGCCCUGCUUUCCACAGCAACAGCUCUUCUUGGAGCCUACCAGCCAGAUCCUGGACAGCGAUUUCGCAUGCUCCGUUUCUAUGAGGUGGUGGAGAUUUCACUCCGCAGCCAGAGGGGAGGCAACAUCAAGAGCCUUGAGAGAGCCUUCCACACCUUGGAAACCAUUUGCACCAACCUGUUGCUCUUCCCCUGGAAGAAGGAGUUCAGAUGUAUCAAGACCUUCACUGGCCCAUAUGUGUACCAUCUGCAGUCGGCCAUUUCUGAUGCUGAACUCCGAGCUCUGAUGCGCACCAUCGGAUAUGCCUGUGACCACGACUCGCAGUUCUAUUUGCAGGAGCACUCAGGGGGCGCUAAUCAUCUGCGGCAGUUGGCGUUUGAGCUCUUCCUGGCCCAAGCAGAAUGUCGUCUUCUGGGAGAGAUAGUGGCAUUGGCCCGCGGCUCAGCCUCAGAGCUGGAGGCUGUGGAGCUCCGGAGAGGUUGCCGGGAUGAUGCAGCUGGCUGUGCUGAGGCUCUCCGCAGACGUGACAGUCUCGGGGCAGAUAUGUCUCGGCUGUCUGUGCGACCGUUGGAUAUAGAACGGCCUCAUGCCCAUCACCUGAGGCGAGGUAGCCGACCAUCUAAGUCUGUGGAUGUUACAGAUGGGGCUGGUCACUGGCACGCAGCUGUUAACAAGCCUAUUUUGAAGGCCUCAUUGAGUCUAAGGAAGGAGCCUCUGUUUGUGGAUGCAGAGGAGGAUAUGAAGGAUGAGAUCCUCAGGCCGAGCACCUCAGCAUCUUUUUUCUCUGUUGCGGGCCCACCUUCCUAUAGUCCAGUUGCAGACUUUUUCCCAAUUCAAUCACCUCCCCCGUCUGAUCCUUACACAUCGUACCAUCUGUCUUCUUUGGAUGAAAUUGACCUGUACACGGAGAGAGGUGGUGCGGGGAUGGGAGGAAGGCAAACUCCAUCUCGACCUCCAUCCAGAGAGCCUCGAGAUUCAAGGGAUGGGUGGCUGCUCAAAGCUCACGGUAGUGUUAAGUGUCAGGGCUGUGGGCUCGGCUGCUCCUCAAUGGCCUCCUGUCAGAGGUGUGACAUGAUUCUUUGUCCUGCCUGCCAUGAUGUGGACCCUUCCCCUUGUUGUGGUUUCCAGGACUACCACCCCAAAUCCCCACGACCCCUUGAUGGAUACAUCCCUGUCAAGGAAAAGCUCUCUGUCUACUCUAACACCCAUUCUCACUCCCACCUCCAUCCGCACCCCCUAACUCUGACUCACUCACAUUCUCAUCCCCACCCUCACCCUCAGAUGGUAGAGAAACCCCUCAUACCUACCAAAUUGUUUCCAAGCAAGUCGGUUGCCUUGACAACACCAAAGGGAAGCACUAGUGAGCGAAUAAGCAUGGGAGGACCGCGAUGUGGGUUUUGCAACAAGCCAGGUGCAUCACACACCUGUGUGAACUGCUCUAAAGUGUCAUGUGACUCAUGCAUGGGCUUGUAUGCAAAAGAUGUAUGUACCCGAAAGAAUCCUCAGCACAGCUUUGUGCCCAACCAUCAGCUAAACUUUAAAUCUGGCACCAUAACACACCUGGUGUAUCGAUGAAUCAGGCAGACAGAAUACCCACCCCCCCUCCUCUGAGCCUGCAGUGUGGUCUUGUAAUAUUGCUUUAGCUUUCUUUACACUGAAGCUGUUCAGCCGCAAACCUCUCUUUCAUCCCCUGGUGUUUUCUCUAACUCUCUUGUGCAUCAUGUACACCACAGAGAGCUAUAUCUGCCCAUCUUUCUGCCUUGUACAACCCCUUCAUUUUUUUUCCUCCUGUCAUUUUACCUUGCUACCUGCUUUUCAGUAGUCAUGUGAUGUUGUAGCACUUCCCAGUGUCUUAAGAUUUUUACCCUCUUCAAAUGGAAACGGGAUAAAAAUUUUCAUUUAAUCUCAUGUUGAAUGAUAUUUGUCCAGAUAGACUUUGCCUAAAUGCUCAGUUAAAGAUUCCUCUAAAAUGCAUAUGAGUGUGUGAGCGUGCGUGUGUGUGCGUUUGCGUGUGUGUAGUAAAGACCUCUGAGCUUGCAUUGUGAUAAGGAGGAUCUUUAAAACUUGGAAAUAAAUGUAGGAAAAAAAAAACACUGGAAGUCAAAUAAGACAAUAGUAUAUAUUUUUAAUUUAUUCUCUAGAACAAUGUGAGACUGUUAAAGGGCACGAGGUCUGGCGUUGGGAUUAUUUGGGUAUACAUAUGUUUUUGGGCGUGGGGUAUAUCACAAAGGAACAUAUGGAGACACAGGUAAGAUGCCAUAUGUUCUAUUUACAACAUUUUGCCUUGUAAAUGAAGUUGGAAUUGUUUCUGGCUGAGGCUUAAAUGCUGCUGUUGACUUGAUAUUGAGGACGCGAGGCGUUGGUUUCAUUUUGUGUUCGAGCCUCCCUCUUCAUUACACUCCUUAAGCCUUCAUGGUUCAUGAUGUGGCAGUGCCUCGCCAGAUGAGUGGCUGUUGAGUCAGUCCCUGGUGCGAUCACAGGAAAUCUGAUGCGGGGCCACAAAUCAAGACUCCAUAAAACGUGAGCUUAUUGUUUGGUUUUGGACAAAAGUGGAAAAGUUCAUUUUCAAACCUGGUUUUUGUCUACCUCAAAUGUCAUCAGCUUACACACGCAGUUUGAUAUGGUGGUUGCAAAUCAGUCCACAGAAUGGGGGAAAAAUAAAUGAAUAAAAAAUAAGUAUUUUCAGUGAUUUGUGUGUUUGCCUAGUAGACACUUUCCCCUCUUACAAAGAACUUAACCAGUCACUUCUUUUCUUGGAUGAUCCAUCCACCCUCGCAGUUAGGAUGAUCCUUAAUUGGUUACAGUUAGCAGACAAAAAAACUGAACACAUGGUUUUGAGGCUUAGAGUGUUUCUUACAGGAUGUGUGGUUAUCUUAACUUUUCAGGUUUACAGAGGAAGGUUGUAUUGUCCCAUAGGCUUGCGUCCCUUUUGUCCUAUCGGCAAAAUACAGAAAAAGCAGUUGCAAAAGAAGUUGCAGCUGAGCGUGCCACUUAGCAUACCUAGCUCUUUUCUAGUCAUAUUUUAACCGCAGUUUUUAUGACACGGCUGUUUUAACAGGGGUUUCACCUGCAUGCAGAGUAUCUUUAUGGCCAGUUAAAAAAAUAUCUCUCCAGGGACGUUUUUAAGAGUCUAAAAGCCGCAAAAUCUCACAUUCGACAGAUAAUUAAUGGAGGGACUAUAGAAUAAAUGACAGUGUUCGUUAGUAUGCUUGACAAUGCCAUCCGUUAUGUCUAAGUAAAUACUCUGCUUACAUUAAUAACCGAUUCCCAUACUUUUAUUGGGUACCUUUAGCGUUUCAACUGUCAUUCUUUAUGUAAGAGGUUUUAUAUUGCCAUUGAGAGUCACCAAGGGCUAAUUUUAAAUCGCAUUUCAUGUUUUCGAAAAGCGUGAGUCUGGUUUAUUUUGACGGACAACUUUGGCUACGGCAGCCUUUAUGUUCUGUCAGGAAUAACCUCUGAAUGCCUUAAGCUUUUUCCUCUCUCUUACUGCAGAGUAUUUGUUUUUGGUGUUGUCAUUUUCUCUGUUUUGUGUCCUACCAGCCUUUAGGUUCAACAUUAACAUGUGCUUGCCAGGCUAAAUUGUCUAUAGUGAUAGUAAAGUGAUGUAUUGAAAUUCAGUGAACUACCGUUGCAAAUAAUUAGGAAUGAGGUUUAUAAUGGAGCACAUCAACAGUGUAUCUUCACAGAACAAUGCAGCAGUUUACAUUUUGUACACCGAAAUAAAGGUAAAUAUCUAAAAGAUUUUCUGGUUAUCUUAGAUGUAUCAGCCAAAGUAAUAGAUGAUUAAUGAAGGGAUAUCCAGUGUUCUAUUUAUUCUUCUUCCUUUCCCUUACACCUUAAAUCCUGAAAAGGUUUUAUGUCUUAAUCGCAUAAAAACUUAGAAAAGGGACAUUUUAAUACAAAUUUGAUGCAGUUUCAAGGUUCUUUGAUAUUCUUUGAAUCUGUUUUAGUUCAUUUGGGUGUGAAAAAGACCUAAAUGACUUUGGGGGAAUUGUGCAAUUUCUUUCCACUUAAUAAAGCCUUUUACAUAUUUUUAUUUAUAUAUCGUAGCUGUGUUUAAGUUGCUUAGUUUGGAAAUCAUACCAGCAACAAAGAUGACUUGCAGACAUAUUGAGCCAUGUUGCAAGAGUGAUCAUAUUGCCAAAUGAAGAACAACUAUCUCUCUGGAGUUGAAAGCAAAAUCCUGUGGCUUGCCUGGAUGUACAGUUGAUGUAACAUAAAUCUGUGAUUUUGCUAAAGUUUAGCCUCGUGUCUGUAGAUGUUGGCCUUUUUAAGAAGCCUAGAAAGAAAUCAUCAACUUAGAUACCUACUCACUCACCAUGGGACGUGGCUUUGACUUAGAACGGAGGGCUGAUAACUCGUGAAGAUCAUUACAAAGGGCUAAACAGUCUUGAGGGCUGCUGUUAAGUUUGUUGGCACUGUCAAAGUGAAAUGUCAGAUGUAGAGAUCAAAUCAUAUUAAACAGCGGUUCUGAAUUACCAAUAGCACAGCAAAAGUCAUGGAAUGCAUUGAGACAUUAAGACAUGAUUGGUUUAACUCACACUAGUAACACUCAAGUCAUAGUGGAAGUUAAUGCUCCCUUUACCUCUGCGUGGUUUCCCUAAUGAUAUUAAUGAUGGUGUAGUUAGGCGUCCUCUCUACCAUUCCCUGUUUCUGUAACCUUUCUCUUGGCAUGCUCUGUACAAGGCCCAUACCCAUAUCUCCCAGCCCCCACCUACCUUUGCACUGAGGAUCAUCGCACAAUGUGUAUGUGAAGGGUGUAGAUCGUAUGAUCAAUGUGUGGGCAUAAAAUGGGGGUGUAAAGGGAAAAAUAGCCAAAACUGUUGGUGAAUAAAAUAUGUAUGUGUACAUAUAUAAUAUUGAAGAGAAAUUAAAUUAAACUAAUGUAAAUGAGAUUUUAUAAAAUAAUUUCAAGAAUAAAAUUCUGGA